CUUGGACUUCAAGUAGUGGGUAUUCAGUUUUACAAUCCGCAGGAGAUUAUUUGAAUUCCAGAUCAUGACCGAGAAGGUCUUUGAUGUUGUGGUGGUUGGCUCCUGUAUGACUGACUUGGUGAGCAAGGCGCCAAGGCUACCCAAAGCAGGGGAAACCAUCCAUGGUCACAAGUUCUUCAUCGGUUUUGGAGGAAAGGGGGCCAACCAGUGCAUACAGGCUGCCAGACUUGGAGUCAAAACUGCUAUGGUCUGCAAGGUUGGAAAAGACUUCUUUGGAGACAAUUACAUCCAGAAUUUCAAGGACAACGGCGUCCACACAGAAUUUGUGAAGCAGAGCUCUGAUGCAGUCACAGGAGCUGCCUCCAUCACUGUCGACGAUGCAGGUGAGAAUGCCAUUGUAAUUGUGGCCGGUGCCAACAUGCUGCUGGGUGCAGAGGAGCUACAGGAAGCUCUCCCAGCCAUCAGCCACACAAAAGUCCUGGUAUGCCAGCUGGAGAUCAGUCCUCAGACGUCCCUGCAGGCGAUGUGCAUGGCUCGCGACAACAAAGUGAAGACAAUAUUCAACCCAGCGCCGGCCAUUCCUGACUUGGAUCCAGAUUUCUACAGAGUCUCCGACGUGUUUUGCUGUAAUGAGUCUGAGGCAGAGCUGCUCACCGGUUCCUCUGUAGCCAGUGUGGAAGAGGCACAUCGGGCUGGUCAAGAGCUGCUGAAACGAGGCUGCGGGUCAGUCAUUGUCACCUUGGGACCCCAAGGGUGCGUGGUGCUCAAGGGAGGGGAGUCUACAUUAAAACAUGUUCCAGCCCCUGAGGUCACAGCAGUGGACACAACAGGUGCUGGUGAUAGCUUCAUUGGAGCGCUGGCAUUUUACAUGGCCAACCACCCACACAUGCCUCUGGAGGAGAUGGCCCGCAGAGCCAAUCUGGUGGCAGGGGUGAGCGUGCGGGAAAUUGGCACGCAGACGUCUUUUCCGUACAGACGGGACCUCCCAAAUGAAUACUUCCAGGAGUAGCAGUAGACCCUAAUGUUAAGGGACCACAUCUGAAUGGGGUCAGAGAGACUCAACACUAAAUGUUCUCAUGAAAAUUUGCUGCUGAAGAUAUCUUAAAACUGAUUACCAUUAAAGAUAAGUCAAUCAUUGAGAUUAUUUUAUUUGAAUUAACCACAACAAAUGUUUCACAAAGUACAUUCACCCGAUUAAAUAAUUAUUUUGAACCAAUGAACAGCUUCAGAUCAUGGCAGCGGUGGUCCCCUUACAUAACAUCACUUUUCUGGUUUCAAGUCUCUUUUGUUCAAGCCUGGAGUUCCACUUUUAUCCAUCCAGGAAGAAAUCCUCUGAUAAACACGUCAACCAGAUUAACUCGCUGUACCAUCCCCGGCAAUAAAAACGAUGCCUUUAAACCUC